AUGGCCACACCUACGGCAAACGGUGACGCCGUCGCCGCUCUUGAUGAGCUGAAACCUCCGGCCGGUGUUGUCCUUCCUCCCCGCGAAAUUCGUAAUGUCCUAGAGAAGACAGCCGGUUACGUUGCGCGAAACGGACUGGUUUUCGAGGACAGAAUUCGCGACAAAGAACGCUCCAACCCCAAGUUCAGCUUUUUAAACAAUGCGGACGCGUACCAUGCCUACUAUCAGUGGCGACUUGACGAGAUCAAGGCUGGUCGCGGUACCGCCAUUGCAGCUGGUCGUGCUAACGAAACUGCUGCCCCAGUCGACCAGAAGCCCCAAGGCCCGCCUAAGCCCCCCGAUUUUCAAUUCUCCGCCCGUAUGCCUAGAAUCAACCAGAAGGAUCUUGAAGUCAUUCGCUUGACUGCUCUUUUCGUAGCCAAGAACGGUCGUCAGUUCAUGACACAGCUGGCCCAGAGAGAAGCCGGAAACCCACAGUUCCAGUUCCUCAUCCCCAACCACACAUUCCACAAUUUCUUCCAACAUCAGGUCGAUCAGUACACAGCGUUAUUAAGGGCAAGUGGGCUGGGUGGUGAAGGAGGCAAAUUGGAGCAGGAGCGCAUUGCCCACCUUCAGCAGAACGUCGACGACAAGUACCAUGUCUUAAGUCGCGCGAAGCAACGCGCCGAAUACCUGAAAUUCCAGGAGACCGAGAAGCAAAAGAAGGAAGAAGAGGAUGAGAAAAAGCGCCUCGAAUUUGCCCGCAUCGACUGGAACGAUUUUGUUGUCGUCGAAACCAUUGUCUUUACUGAUGCUGAUGAGCAUGCGAACCUGCCGCCUCCGACGAAUCUUUCAGACUUACAGUACGCCUCGCUUGAAGAGCGCAACAAGGCAUCCAUCAGCUCGAAUCUCCGAAUUGAGGAAGCUUUCCCGGGCGAAGAAGAUUCGACCUACAAUGCUUAUCCUCCGACGUCGCAUACACUGCCAGUUCACACAGGAUAUGCGCCUCAGCAACCUUACCAGGCACAGGCUUCGGCAGGGCCCCAGCAAUAUCAUAAUGGCCCACCACGUAGGUCAGCGGAAGAAGAGGAAGAGGAGCGGAGGAUUCAGGAGAGAUCAGAAGCUCGAGCUCGGGAGCAGCAAGCACGGGCUGAGGCUCGAGGCGGUACUGCACCAAUGAAGAUAAAGGAGAACUAUGUCCCCAGAGCGCUUCAACGCGCGGCCAAUAAGCAUAGCGUCCAGACGGCACUGUGUCCAAACUGCAAACAGCAAAUCCCCAUGAACGAGCUGGAUGAGCACAUGCGAAUCGAACUCCUGGACCCUCAGUGGAAAGAUCAAAAGGCUAAGGCGGAGGCACGGUAUGCCACCACGAACCUAUCUACCGCGGAUGUUGCCAACAAUUUGAAGCGUUUGGCCAGUCAGCGGAGCGAUGUGUUUGAUGGUGUCACCGGCCAGCCCGUCUCGGAAGAAGAAGUUGCUCGCCGGAAGAAAGCAGCAAUCCACAGCUUUGAUGGUAACCCCGACGGAAAGAGCCAAGCACACAUUAAUCACUUGCACAGUCUUAAUGUUGAGGAGCAAAUCCGAGCUAUUCAUCAAAGAUUCGCGGACAAGAAGUGA